GACCGUACCCCUGCACCAGGAGAGGCAGGCAGCAAAGCAGCUACCGGUUGCUAAGGAAGUGCAGGUUGCUAAGGGCUCCGGGGAGCGCUGAGUGAGCCGACCGGCGGAAGUGGUUAGAUAGGAGACUUCCGGUUGUCACUCUGCUCUCAGGAUAAACAUGUCUGCCGAGUUCCAGGGUUAUGAGCAGGACUAUGGAGUCCUCACAGCCGAGAUCACUAACAGGAUCGGGAAGAUCCCCAAACUGUCAGGAGAGGAGAAGAAGCAGAUGGUGAUGAACGUGGAGCAGCUGAGGAGGGCCAAGGAGCUGCUCGAACAAAUGGACCUGGAGGUUCGGGAGAUCCCGGCUCAGAGCAGAGCAAUGUACGGCAGCCGCAUGAGGAGCUACAAGCAAGAGAUGGGCAAGCUGGAGGCCGAUUUUAAAAGGUCACGGAUCGCCUACAGUGACGAAGUGCGGAACGAGCUUCUGGGGGACGAUGGCAGCUCCUCAGAGAGCCAGAGGGCUCAUCUGUUGGAUAACACGGAGAGGCUGGAGAGGUCAUCACGGAGGCUGGAAGCCGGGUACCAGAUAGCCGUGGAGACCGAACAAGUUGGUCAGGGCAUCCUGGAAAACCUGAACCAGGAUCGGGAGAAGAUCCAGCGAGCCAGAGAGAGGCUGAGAGAAACAGACACCAACCUGGGGAAGAGCUCCAGGAUCCUGACCGGGAUGUUACGAAGGGUCAUCCAGAAUCGGGUCUUACUGGUCGUCCUGGGGAUCAUCAUCGUCUUCACCAUCAUUCUGGCCAUUUACUUCUCUUUUCGUGGACACUGAUCCUGUCCUCUUCCCACUGUGCAGCGGGCGGCGGAGUCAUUCUGAUCGAAUGUUCCUGUGUAUCGCACUCUAUGGAACAAUAUCCCUAAAAACUGCAGGUCAACUUCCAAAACUGUCUUCUUUUUCCACCAAGGACCGUCCAUCACCUCUCGGGAACCCUCUCAUGAUCCUUCAGACCUUCCUUUGCAAGAUGAAGAUACGAUAACCAGAAGAAGUCAACUUUUUAGGUGUCGAAUUGUAUAUUUCUGGUGAUUUUCUUCUUGUCUGGUGGACUUCCGUUAUUUCUUCUUGGUCUCGUGGUUGAGAUCUUGGCCAAAGGUUGACAAUUUUAUCAUUUAAGCCUAAUUUAUAAUGAUUCCCUUCAGCCAUGGUGGGGUUAAUGGAAUGAAAUAUGAUGAUCAGAUUAUUGAUACGGUAUUGUAAAGGGUUAAUUAAAGGAGAUCCCCAGUCACUAAUGAACAUUCAUCCCCCCUUUUAGUCAGUGUAACAGUAUAGUUUCGACAUUGCAACAACUCAUGCCCGUUAGAUCUAUGACAAAGACUGUCCCAUGACUACAAGUAGGUGUCAGGCCCCACCUCCUUAGGAUAUCUCCUUGUCAGGUGCACAAUCAUAAGACAUUUAGGCUCCGCCCAGGCUGGGAAAGAUUUGGGCAAUGGUAGUUGGAGGUGAUACAUGAUGGGAGAUUAAUACUGAUCCUGUCUGCUUUUCGUGCCUGCCCCUACUCCAGGCUUGGAGCUUCCACCAGGACCAGUAGUGAACUGAUGUGAGGAUGACUGCAGAUUUAGGCCUCGUGGAUGAUUGGUGUUGUCCUUUCAGUUGUGUGUUUUUCUCUUCCUGUCCAUGACCGAUGUUUGAUUUAUCUUAGAAAAUGAUCAAAUUCUCACCCUGUGAUCUCACCCUCACCCUUCUCCCCAAUAGAAGCUAACCAAAGUCCAAGUAUCACAGUAUAGAUCCCAAAAUCCUGUAGCAGUCGUGCAAGCAACAUUGUGGUGGUCUCCAUGCCUCGUGUCAUCAGGGGACACUUCUCUACACUUCUCUAUUCAGACCAUGACCUGUGCUAACUGAGGUGUCGCGAUUGUCCUUAUCCAUGAUGCAUCCUAUUGGGCAUUCAUUUGAUGGUUCCUCCAAUCUACAGCCACUUGUAGCACAAGAAACGUCUGCUCUUUGAUAAAGCCGGGCCAUACACAGGAGAUAGCUUUUGAGCUGACCGCGAUCUCUCCCGAUCCCCCACAUCUCUGGUGCUUAUCUUCCCAAGAAUUAAAGAAUUGGGCAGUUGAAACCCAACUUUCCCGACCCUUCUUUCCCCCAACCUCUGCCAUCAGGGAGAGUCAGGAGGACCUAACAUACUCAUUAGAAGCUUGUUCAGUCCCACCAAAACUGGCUUGUUCAACCAAGAUACAUCAAAUGUGUAUGGAAGAAGCUGUAAGAUCCCAAAUAUUGGCGAGAUUUGGGCACGAGAUGGAGCAUCAUUUUCUGGCAGAGACAUGUGAGAUCAUAAGUUGUCAGCUGUUCCUAAGCAUGAAACGAUAUGACCUUGGCUGGUCCAUGUGGUAUCUUUAUUGUGUAUGGCUCUACAAACAGAGGCUGAUCUGUAGGGGUGGGACACUGUGGUCUUCACGGUGACACGGGAGCCCUAUUACUGAAGUCAGGCCGGGGAAUUGUCAUGUCUGAAGCAGCCACUCCACUAGAGAUGUCAGUCAUGAGCACACAGGAUAAGACAUCUGGUGAUGUGUAUGUGCGUCGUCCACUACUGGAAUUGUAUCUUCAUUUUUGAUUCUUCUCUUUAUGUCUGUGACACCAUGCUGCAUCAUUAAAGGGGUUAUCCAACUUUAAACUUUUUUUAAGAGACCUCUUCAUAGUAGCCAGACCCCCCUUCCUUCCCUCUGGGUUCCGAUUCCACGGUCACCUCUGCAGGUCGGGUCUCUGGGAAUCAACAACGUGUUGACAGGGCCGCACGUGACCGCUGCCACCAAUCACUGGCUGCAGUGGUGACCCAGUACCGGCACGUGACCCAGUGAUAGGCUGCAGUGGGUAUUUGCGGCCCCGUCAGUAGGAUCCCAGGUCCUGCGGAGGCUGUAAUGGAGCCAGAACUCACCAGGACUAGGUAAGGGUGAUCCCCACCACGGGACCAAACACUCUAAAGGGAUCAGUUAAAAAAAGAUUAAAGUUGGAUAAUGCCUUUAAUACACCACCCCACCCCCCCUUGUUACCCCAAGCCGUUCAUUACCUGACCUCAUUAACACUCUGCAUUGCUCCCUGUAAUUUAUUGUGGCCAGGACAGGCCCGAAAUCCGGUAACAUGCCUCAGUCUUCUGUUUCCUGUGUUGUAGUUUCUAGAUAUGUGGAUAUUUUGUUCUUUUAAUAUAAAUUAUGUAUAAAGUGUAAUGCAAUAAAAUAUAUUAUUAAAAGACCAGAAGAACU